AUGGAUCCAAUUCCAUGGGACCAGGUCAAGUCUGGGGAUCUGGAUGCCUUGCGGGUCGCACUUCUCUCGAGUUCGACCUCGCGAAGGGUCCGGACCCUUCAAGAACUCCGCGACAAGAGCGAAUCUGACCUGACCCCCGAGUCCCAAAGGGAUGUCCUCGCAUUGCUCUUCCAGACAUAUCCUCGUUACGUUGACCGACCGUCUCGUCAGGCCGUUCAGCAGUGCCUCUCUUCCCUUCUUCGCACACCCAAUGGCGCCGAUCAUCUCAAAGAUUUGACAGAAAAGCUGAAAAUCGAGUCCGCGAAGCCUGGCCUGGCCUCGAACUCGGGCUUUGUCUUGCUGGAAUGGUGCUGCGUUAUCUUGCAACAAAUCAGCGAAAAGGCUGACACGCCAUUGGCCAAUGUCCUCGACUUGAUCGCAAUUGAUGCUAAAGCAUUGGAGAAUUGUUUCGCUCAUACCCCGAAGGAAUCGGUCAGACAAUCGGCACUCCGGGUCACCAGAAGGGCUCUGCGCGCUGCUUUCUCUUGCGAGGCUUGGGGUGAAAAUGCGUGUCGCCAGUCAAUUGCUCGGCUAACCAGUGACGCUGCAGCCGGCUACAAGAAUGCAUUGUUGUUAGGCGUCAUCUCCGGUGUCUGCGCUCGACUACCAGCUCGCAAAACAAUUCUUGAGGAGUCGAAGAAAGAGCUGCUGGGAUUUUAUGCGAAAGAAGUGAUCAGCUCCAAGGCUGUGGUGCCUUCUCAUGUGGCCGGCGGGCUGUCGGACUUCUUCACCUCGUUUGUUACCAAGGACGACGUUGUGAACGAGAUAGUGCCCCCUAUGGAGAAGUCCAUGCUCAGAGCGCCUGAAGUGAUCAUGAAUGGAAUCAUCCCCCCACUAUGCGCUUCGCUGCCUGAGGAGAUUGACCUUUCAGAAGUGCUGCAUGCUCGCCUCUCCAAGCACCUUCUGGCUAGCAUGAAGUCAAAUAACGCGACUAUUCGACAGGGCGCAGUUGACUCUUUCAGGGCCCUCGUUUCAUGCUGCAAGACGGAGUCAUUGGUGUCGAAGAUUGCCAAUGAGCUGCUCAGUCCCAUGAAGACACAGAAAAUCACGACCCCGGAGCAUCGUGUCGCUUAUUCGCAAGCCAUUCUGGCCAUACCAUUGUCUACAAGCGUGUCCACGGAGAUUGCACAGGGACUUUGCCCUCUCUUCACGCGAGAGUCUAACGAAGCGGCUCUGGAAGAGGAAUUGAAGUCAUUAUGCACACAUCUUUCCUUCCUCAUCAAGUCCUCUAUCAAGAUCUCUGACGACGUGAUUAAUGCUGUGGCCAAGGGAGUAUCUGACAAGAGAAUUCCAUUCAGGAGAAUCUGGCAACUUAGAGUAGGAGAGAUGCUCUGGAACUCUGACGUCGCAUCCCUCAAGACUGCCGAGGUUGAGCCGCUUGUUGUGAAGUUCCUGUCCAAGAUGAAAGACAUCUAUGUGGAAGUUGCUGCGAACGCUUUGCCAUCGGCCCAGAGCGGUGCUCUUUCAUCCGCCUACAUCUUCCUGGCUAUGUUCCAACGAGCAUCUGAUGUCGAAGCCUCAGCUAAGGCGCUCUGGGAUGAGAAGGUUCAGCAAGCUAUGACAAUGGGUCCAAAGCCAUCUUUCCUUCUGAAUCCUAGAGCCUAUUCAAAGGUCACCUCUUCUGCAGAGAUUCAAUGGCUUGUUCGAGCCUUAGCUUCCGUGACAGCCGGUUCAAGCUUCAGGUGUGCGGACGACGCGGCGAAGACUGCGUGGGCCUCAUCCUUUAUAUAUGCUAUCACAGGUCCAACAUUAGAGACAGCUCAUCGUCAGGGGGCCGUGGCCACCUUGGCUUCUGUUGCUCUUCAGGAUCUCAAUUUCAUCGGCCAAAUUGUGAUCAAUGCGCUUUGGUCCUGGCUUUUUUCUUUCCGAACAGCAGAGAAGGAAUCUGCCGCAUUCUUUGCCGGACCCAGCAGCGAACGUCUGCUUCAUUUGGUAUUGAAAGGCUUGAUCCCUUCGUCCAAAAUCAGAGAGGAAAACAAGCUGGACUCCUCCGCUUUGGAAGCCCAGCUUGUUGACAUUCUCGUUCUCGGGCGGUCAGAGCUGAUUCCAAACUGUUCAUGGAUCGAUUUGUGUCUGGCAACCGGCGUCGACCCUGGAAAUCUUGUUCGAGCUCAUUCCAAAGACUGCAUCGACCGGCUGGUCAAUGUGACAACAGAUCCUGUGCAAUCGGCGGUGCCCAACGUCAAUGCGGCGGUAUGGAGUGCAGCAGGUGACCUGGCGUUCGUGGCACCAGACGUGAUGAUCCCUCGAAUUGUUGAUCAGAUCAAGCAAGAUUUGGAUGGUUCUCGCCUGGCGAAGUUUACAGCCACCGACGCAGCCAUUGCUCGUACGCCUGAAGGAACAACAUACAUUGAUGUCUUGAGCAGCAAGUCUAAGCAGCCGGUCUUCGACAAGAGCACCAAGGAUUACGAUACUUUGAAGUGGGAACAGGAGCUGCGUGCCAAACUCGCCGAGAAGCAGGGUCAAAAGCCUAAGAAGCUGACCUCAGAGGAACAGACAAAGGUAAAUGCUCAACUCGCGAAAGAAUCAAAAAUUCGCGAAGAUGUCAAACAAGAAGUCAAGCGUAUUGAGAGGGGUGCUGGACUUGUCCUCGGUCUAGCCAAUAGUCCAGCAGGUGACGCUGAGGGAUGGAUCAAUGAGGCCGUUAGUUGCUUGCUCUCUCUUUCCAACGCCGGCGCUGGGCUAUUCGUUGGCGAUGUCGUUUCUCGAGCCUACAUCACCUGCUCCGACAAGUUGUCGCCUCGUCUCUCGACCACCCGACCUUUCAUCGGGAUCGCGACUCUUCGUGCCAUUGGUAAUACAAAUUUGCCCGCAGAAAUGGAGAACGAGCAUCUCGGUCAACUUGUCACGAGGAUACUGUAUCGCUUGCGAUUCGCAUCCGAACAGCGUCCACUUGACACCCCAUCGCUCGCCUAUAUUCUCCCCCUGAUCUUCAUCAUUCUGCGUCAGAAUGGUAUUGAAGAGGUGAAGGGGGAACAAGAAGGCGAACAGGUGCUCCUUGCAAUCGAAUUCUUAUCCUUCCAUACUAAUUGCUUUGGGGAUGUGCGACUUCCUCGUAUCGAAGUGCUGCGGCAACUUCUGUCAGGAAUGGAAAGAUACACCCAGCAUUAUAAAUUAUUCAAGGACACUUUGUUCGAUUUUUGUCGCUGCAUCGCAGCUAGCAUUACCGCUGAGGAACUUGAGACUCUUCUGCAAGGCACCAUAGUCCCCGAUGCCUCUGUUCGCACAUCUGUGCUCCAGGUGAUUGAUGCUGAAAUCGACUUGACCGAUCUUGACUUCUCUGUGCAUAUCUGGUUGAGCUGUCACGAUCAGAUCGAAGAGAAUGUCGAACUAGCAGAGGCUAUCUGGGAGGAAAACGCCCUGGAAGUGGAUGAUGACUCUUAUCCUCAAAUCGUCAAGUACUUGCAUUCCAAUGAUUACCAACUUCGAGGUGCUGCGGCACGGGCUUUGGCUCACGCCAUUGAAUUCGACAAGAGCAAAUUCAAUGGCAUUCUCUCCGACCUGGAGGCCCAGUACUCAGAAGAAGUCAAACCUAAAGCUCCGGAGAAGGAUGCUUAUGGUAUGCCGAAGAAGGUCGAAAACACCGAUAAUUGGGUGGCCAGAAGUGGCAUUGCCCUAGCAUUCAACGCAAUGACCAAUAUCUUUGAGGGCGAGCAGAUCAUAAACUUCUUGCAGUUCCUCAUCGAGCGUGGCCCUCUUGUUGACAAGAAUUCCUCUGUCCGCGCUCAAAUGGCCGAGAGUGGCAAAUCUGUCAUUGCCGAGAGAGGCCAGCAAAAGGUCGAGGAGCUGAUGAAACUGCUCGAGACCGUCUUGGAAACCUCGGACAAGGCAAGCCAGACCUCGGACCUGUUAAACGAAGCGGUCGUUGUACUUUACGGUGCACUAGCCCGCCAUUUGCAAGCCGAAGACCCUCGGCUCCAGACAGUCGUCAACAAGCUUCUUGCAACUUUGCCAACGCCCUCAGAAACUGUGCAGUCUGCUGUUUCCGAAUGCUUACCCCCAUUGAUUAGACUUUCGGGGCCUAAGACUGCCGACUACGUUCAACAGAUGCUGGAUUCUCUUCUCAACGUCAAGGAGUAUGCUACUCAACGUGGAGCCGCCUACGGUCUGGCUGGUAUUGUCAGCGGCAGAGGUAUCUCCACUCUACGGGAAUUCCGCAUUAUGAGUCUCCUUAAGGAGGCCUUCGAGAACAAGAAAGAAUCUCAUCAGCGGCAAGGUGCCCUGUUGGCGUACGAGCUUCUUGCAUCUGUUCUUGGUCGUACGUUCGAGCCAUACGUUAUUCAACUUGUUCCACAAUUGCUUGCCGGAUUUGGCGAUCCCAGCAUUGACGUUCGUGACGCCUGUCUGGACGCUUCUAAGGCCUGCUUCCAGAAUCUCAGCUCGUAUGGUGUCAAGCAAAUCUUGCCAACUCUUCUGGAUGGUCUUGACGAUACCCAGUGGCGUAGUCAGAAGGGUGCUUGCAACCUUCUGGGAGCCAUGGCAUACCUUGAUCCCCAGCAGCUUGCUGCCAGCUUGCCCGAUAUCAUCCCUCCUCUCACGGUCGUACUUAACGAUACCCACAAAGAGGUCCGUAAUGCGGCCAACCGCAGCCUGCAGCGAUUCGGAGAAGUCAUCAGCAACCCUGAGGUCAAGAGCUUGGUAAACGUGCUUCUGAAGGCACUGAGCGAUCCCACCAAGUAUACGGACGAGGCUCUUGAUUCGCUUAUAAAGGUUUCUUUUGUUCACUACUUGGACGCUCCAUCUUUGGCUCUGGUCGUUCGCAUUCUGGAGCGUGGUCUAGCGGAUCGCUCUGCCACGAAACGCAAAUCUGCACAAAUCAUCGGUAGCUUAGCUCAUCUCACAGAGCGAAAGGAUCUUAUUGCUCACCUGCCUAUCAUUGUCGCUGGUCUCAAUAUGGCUAUUGUGGACCCUGUUCCCACAACUCGAGCAACCGCCUCCAAGGCCUUGGGCUCACUGAUUGAGAAACUCGGUGAGGACGCCUUGCCUGACUUGAUUCCUAACCUGAUGAACACUCUCAAGUCAGACACAGGCGCUGGCGACCGGUUGGGAUCUGCACAAGCACUGUCAGAGGUGCUUGCUGGUUUGGGUACCACUAGACUUGAAGAGACCCUGCCUACCAUUCUUCAGAAUGUGUCAAGCUCUAAGCCGGCCGUUCGUGAAGGCUUCAUGACUCUGUUCAUCUUCUUGCCUGCUUGCUUCGGCAACAGCUUCGCCAAUUACCUGAGCAAGAUUAUUCCCCCGAUUCUUGCUGGUCUUGCGGACGACAUCGAGUCGAUCCGAGAGACUUCAUUGCGCGCCGGUCGCCUCCUGGUCAAGAACUUCGCAACCAAGGCUAUUGACUUGCUUCUGCCCGAGCUCGAACGAGGUUUGGCUGACGACAGCUACCGCAUUCGUCUUAGCUCCGUCGAGCUGGUCGGAGACCUGCUCUUCAGCCUCACUGGUAUCAGUGGCAAAUCCGAGGCUGACGAAGAGGAAGAGGAAGCUACUCAAGCCGGCCAGUCGCUUCUUGAGGUUCUCGGAGAAGAGCGCAGAAACAAGGUUCUGUCUGCUCUGUUCAUCUGUCGCUGCGAUACUUCUGGUUUGGUCAAGAGUGCCGCAAUGGCAGUGUGGAAGGCGUUGGUCGCCUCUCCCAAGACCCUCAAGGAGAUGGUGUCGACUCUGUCGCAACUUAUCAUUCGCCGACUUGGCUCGUCCAACAUGGAGCAGAAAGUCAUUGCUUCCAACGCCCUGGGUGAUCUCAUCAAAAAGGCUGGAGAAUCAGUGCUUUCUACCCUUCUGCCCUUGCUUGAGGAAGGUCUCCAGACCUCGCCUGAUGUGGACGUUAAGCAAGGUAUCUGUUUCGCUUUGCGCGAGCUUAUCACUGCUACUACUCCUGAAGCUCUCGAAGAGUAUGAAAAGAUCCUCAUUUCUACUGUUCGUGUUGCUCUGGUUGACAGCGACGAGGACGUGCGUGAAGCUGCUGCCGAGGCCUUCGACGCCCUGCAGCAGAUCCUCGGCAAGAAGGCCGUUGAUCAGGUCCUCCCUUACCUGCUUCACUUGCUCAGAAACGACCAAGAUGCCGAACAGGCUUUGUCUGCACUCCUGACUCUGCUCACGGAGCAGACUCGUGCCAACAUCAUUCUCCCCAACCUCAUUCCUACAUUGCUCACUCCCCCUAUUUCUGCUUUCAAUGCCAGGGCCCUGGCUUCCUUGGCAGAAGUUGCAGGAGGUGCCAUGACCAGGAGACUGCCGAACAUCAUCAAUGCUCUCAUGGAUGGUAUCAUUGACACUCAAGAUGAGGAGCUGAAGACCGAGCUGGAGGCUGCCCUUGAUACCGUCCUGGUGUCUGUUGAUGAAUACGAUGGCCUCAACACCGCUUUGAAUGUGAUGAUGACCUUGCUGAAACAUGAUGACCAUCGCCGUCGGGGCAAGGCCGCUCUUCACCUCAACAAGUUCUUCGCGGAUGCGGAAAUCGACUAUUCUCGUUACCAUCAGGACCUGAUCCGUGUCUUGUUGAUCUCAUUCGACGAUCGGGAUCAGGAGGUUGUGAAGGCUGCCUGGGCCGCGCUGAGUGGUCUUACUUCUCACCUGCGCAAGGAAGAGAUGGAGGUCCUGGCGAUUCCAACUCGCCAAACUCUGCGCCAAGUUGGCGUUCCUGGGGCAGAUCUGCCUGGCUUUAGCCUUCCCAAGGGCAUCAUGGCAGUUUUGCCUAUCUUCCUGCAAGGUUUACUUAACGGAACCACCGACCAGCGCACUCAGUCCGCUCUUGCGAUUGCGGAUGUCAUUGACCGCACAGGUCCCAACUCCUUGAAGCCCUUCGUUACUCAAAUAACAGGUCCUCUCAUCCGUGUGGUGUCUGAGCGUUCCACAGACAUUAAGUGUGCCAUUUUCUUUACACUCAACAAGCUGUUGGAGAAGAUCCCGCUUGCAGUCAAGCCCUUCCUUCCUCAGCUCCAGCGCACUUUUGCCCGUGGACUUGCCGACUCUACCAGUGAGACUCUGCGUAAUCGCGCUGCCAAGGGUCUCGGUAUCCUCAUUACUCUCACUCCUAGAGUGGAUCCCCUUAUUGCUGAACUUAUCACUGGAUCGAAGACCACCGACACUGGUGUCAAGAAUGCCAUGAUGAAGGCUCUUCAAGAAGUUGUGGGUAAGGCUGGUGCAAACAUGAGUGAGGCUUCGCAGAAUGCAAUCCUUACUCUGAUUGAUGACGACGCCAGUGAUGAGACUGACGCUGUCGCCAUCACGAAUGCACGACUGCUUGGUGUGCUAGCUAAGGUGAUUCCGGAUACCUCAGCUGUGCCCUUGAUCAAGCAUCGCGUCCUCAACGGUCAAUUCUCACACGCGUCCAUUUUGGGUCUGAAUGCUCUGCUUGCCGAAGCUCCUACAACUCUAUUGGACAACUUUGUUACGGAGACUCCCGCUGCAAUCUCUCAGGGCGUCACUCACAAGGAUCCAUUCAUCUCCGACAACAGUGUUCUCGCUGCUGGUAAAUACCUUCUUUCCAGCCAGGGUGAUCACAGCUUUGAGACCCACAAGGCCAUCUUCGAGUCCUUGACUUCGGCAAUUCAACCCGGGGGUCCAGUGGAUACCCGUAGAUUGGCCUUGGUUGUCAUUCGGACAGUCAGCCGCUUGCACCCUGAAUUGACCCGUCCUCACCUCGCAAUUCUUGCGCCGCCUAUCUUCGCGGGCGUGCGGGAUCUGGUGAUCCCAGUGAAAUUGGCAUCCGAAGCCGCUUUCCUGUCGCUUUUCUCUGUUGUGGAUUCAGACAGCGAGGUCUUUGACAAGUACAUGGCUGGGCCCGGUGCAUCCUUGCCCCCGGGCCCGAAGCGUAGCAUGUCUGAUUACUUCAAGCGUGUUGCUAUGCGUCUUGCCAACCAAGCACGAGAACGCCGGGUCGCAGAGGGUGGCGAAGGCGGCCUAGGCCUAUCAAAUGACGAGGUGGACGAUGAGAAGGAAGUGUGGAGUAUUGGAAAGGUGGAUUUGGUGGAUGAUUCAUUUGGCGACGAUUGA